CCCGCCGCGGCUCCGCCCCCGGGGCCGCCCCAGGUGCCGGCGGGGGGGCGGCUCCCGCCACGCGAGCAGCGGCCGCGGGACCUGCACGUCUCGCCUCGGCUCGGCUCGGUUCUCUUCGGCUCGGCUCGGCUCGGCUCGGCUCGGUUCGGCUCGGCUCGGCGCUCCCCCGCCUCAGAUGGCUUCAGUAACAGAUGCCAGAUACAGGCAGAAAGAUACUUCAGAUCAAAAUUUUGAUUACAUGUUCAAACUCCUGAUCAUUGGCAACAGCAGCGUGGGCAAAACAUCCUUCCUCUUCAGAUACGCUGAUGACACUUUCACACCAGCCUUCGUUAGCACAGUAGGAAUUGACUUCAAAGUGAAAACAGUGUAUAGAAAUGACAAGCGGGUGAAACUGCAGAUUUGGGAUACAGCUGGGCAAGAAAGAUACAGGACCAUCACUACAGCCUACUACCGAGGAGCCAUGGGCUUCGUCCUCAUGUAUGAUAUCACCAGUGAAGAUUCCUUCAACGCAGUGCAGGACUGGGCCACACAAAUUAAGACUUACUCCUGGGACAAUGCACAGGUGAUUCUGGUCGGAAACAAAUGUGACAUGGAGGAUGAAAGAAUUGUUCCUGUGGAGAAGGGGAAACAUCUGGCAGAUCAGCUAGGUUUUGACUAUUUUGAAGCUAGUGCCAAAGAAAACAUCAAUGUAAGGCAGGUGUUUGAGCGUCUGGUUGAUAUAAUCUGUGAAAAGAUGUCGGAGAGUAUAGAAUCAGACUCUUCCAGGGGCACUUCUGGAAGGAGCAUGCGACUCACAGACAACCCACCCCCUUCUCAGCAGAACUGCUCAUGUUAGUGAGCUUUCUUGCUGAGAAAUGUCCUCCUUUCCUGACUAAAUUUUAUCUUUUCAUUUGAGUUGGUGCAUUAUCAUGUAGUCGAAAGGUAUAAGUCUCUGUUGUAGGAAACUGGUAUGUUUGUUUAAUGUGCUGGAGUGUUAAUGUUGUAUUUCCUCAUCCAAUAAUUUAAAAAACAAAAAUCUAAAUAAAUAUUGUAAGUGUACCUAGUGUUAAUGUGAGUUACAUUGAAGAAGAAGAAUUGUAUAGUGUUGCAAAUGUUAUUUCCACAGAGAAUGUUGCAUUGUUAAUUAUAAAUUCCUCUAUGGCAGGAAGAGAUUUUUGUCAAGAACAGCAGGAAAGAAGGAACCAGGAUUAGAAGGGACCAGGUCUAAAAGAAAACAGGGGGAAAAAACCUCCUGUAAAGCAAAAAUAUACUUUUGUUUUUUUCCUUUUUGCAUUUAAAAAAAAAAAUCAAUCCCCAGAUAUUUUGAGAGUUGUUCUCCUCCAGACAUGGACCUGAUUUUUUCUGUAUGAUGGAGCAGAAAAAGCAUUGCAUUUCUGCCUGACAGUUUGAGGUCCUUCAGAGAUCGAAGAGGAAGGGGAGGUGGAUUUUGUGUUGGGGCUCUAAAUAGAGGAAGAGCGUGUGGAGGGGGAUCAAGGCUCCCAGGCAGGGGACGAGGAGUACAAGAAGGCCUCACAGCCAUGCCUGCAUUUCCCUGUGCUCUUGGCUGGUGCUGGCUGAAGGAGCAAGAUCCCUUCCAGGGACUGCCCUUGCCUGCAAACCUCUCCCCAGUCACCAGGAAGGGCUUGCGGAGUGCUGGGGGUGUCGCUGUGUUCGGCACCUUCUCGUCCCUAAUCAUUUGAUUCUAGAAGCCCAAGAGCUGACUGUCCUGAGCUUUUCCCCUGUAUCCUGCAGUUUUACCUCUCCAGGUUUGGAUCUGCUCUCAAGUGCUUGAUGGUGGAUUUGUUGCAGGACAAAGGAAAAGAGGAAUUGGCUGCUGCAUGCUUAGAUGGAGGCAAAAUCUGACAUGUAAGACUUGGAACAGCAGUAUCUCAGAAAGAUAAAAAUAUCAGGAGCCAAAAUAUGAGUGUUGGCAAAUAUUAGUGUCAAUAUUAUUAGAUUUUCUUUCUACAUUUUGUUGUUGAUUUAUUUUUUUAAUUUUGUGCUAGAUGGUUGCAUGUGUGGGGAUAGCUUUUCUGGUUUCAGAUUCAACCACAAAGCAUAAUUUAAAAAAAGGAAGAUUGAUUAAUAAAACAUAACUGCAAAUGAAAAAUGGCAAAGAUGUCCCGUUAUUCUAUGGAUGUUUUGUUGCAUUAUUCUUUGAAGGGAGGAACAAUUUUUAAUAUUUAACAUCUAAAAUGUUCUUAUACUUUCAACAUCUCUAAAAUUACAAAACUUCUACAUCAGUGUGCAGAACUCUGUGUGCAUUAGUCACAUGCAGAGCUGGUAUUUCCCUGAAAUACAUGAAGGAAUUGCUUUUGCAAAUCUGUGAAAUUACAUACACUGUAUGCCUUUGUGGUCACACACCCAGCUCUAAAUAGUGAUUUCAAAUUGUGUCUUUAAAUGUAAAUUAGGUGGAUAUGGAGAGUUUGCUGGCUUAAGGUGAAAAAUUCUGAAAAGUUUUAUGGCUUUACCUUAGGCCUAUGAACUCCUCUGGCUGCGACUUUCUGGUGUCAGAAACUAGAGUCGAGUAUCUGCCCACUGCACUGUAAUUUGCUGGAUCAUGACACUAGUGAAUGCUUUCGUAAUUUCAUUCUGUCUCAAAGUGUGAUAGUUACUAAAAAAAAAAAAAAAGGCACAGUAUUCUGGAGAAAAAUGCAACUCUAUUGACAUCAUUUGAGCUCAUUGUGCUAAAGGCUUGAUCCCUUUGUAUGCUGCUUUCAGAAAUCUUUAUUGUUACAUAUUUUGGGUGUGUGUGAUCUAGUAAAGUGCAAUUUGUACAGUGCUAGGAAUGUGGUUAUUGUAUCUGAAUGCCUGAAACUGCAAAAUAAAGAGAAAUUUCAUCA